AUGCUCCAGAACAUCCAUUUCCUCGCCCUGCCAUCUCAACAACGUCGCCUCCGAGCUCCAAGGGCGACAGAUCACGCCCCCUCCUUGUAUUCCCUACAUCAUAACCUGAAGCACGGCGACGGGAACCCUAAGAAGUUCCUACACAAGCAAGUGACCACUACACACAUGUGCACCGACGGCCCAUGCAGCAUCGAAAAGGAGGAUAGCGAGACCUACACCAUUGAAUGGAACGCCUCUAUCGCCGACCCGCGAGGCUUCUUCAGCGCCGGCUUCGCCGUCUCCGAGGCCAUCACCACAGGUGUGACGAAGGCCUGCAGCAACCAAGAAGGCACGGAGAACCAGUCGCUCUGUGUGUGGUGGUCGCUUGCGCAUACCGAGUACGAGGUCCAGGACUGGGAGAUGUCGGGGUGCGGGAGCUCCAAGCCCAAGAGGGGCGUAUACAAGAUCACGGCGCCAAAUGCGGAUGAUGGGAAGAAUACCUCGUGUUGUGUGAGGAAUAAUUGUAGGGGUAAUGGGGAUGAGUACUGGGCAGAUGACAAGGCGAUACGGGCUGAUGUAUUGGGGGAUUAUGUGCAGCCAAGUUUGGUACACUUCUUGUUAGUCAUGCUAUCGUUUGGCUCUUGA